UGACAAUCCCGGCGGGAGCCGGAAGCCGAGGGCCAGAGCGGGCCGGGCAGGGUUUCCCUGUUGUACUGCAGCUGAGAGGUGCAGUCAUGCAGGAAAACUUGAGAUUUGCUUCGUCAGGAGAUGAUAUUAAAAUAUGGGAAGCUUCAUCCUUAACCUUGGUGGAUAAAUUCAACCCACACACAUCGCCACAUGGAGUCAGCUCAAUCUGUUGGAGCAGUAAUAAUAACUUUCUAGUGUCGGCAUCUUCCAGUGGUGACAAAAUUGUUGUUUCAAGUGUCAAGUGUAAAUCUGUUCCACUAUUAGAGCUUGCUGAAGGGCAAAAGCAAACAUGUGUCAGUCUAAAUUCUACAUCUAUGCAUGUGGUAAGCGGAGGCCUAAAUAAAACUGUUAAUAUUUGGGAUUUAAAAUCAAAAAGACUUCAUCGAUCUCUUAAGGAUCAUAAAGAUGAAGUUACAUGUGUAACAUAUAAUUGGAAUGAUUGCUAUGUUGCUUCUGGAUCUCUGAGUGGUGAAAUUAUUUUGCACAGCGUAACCACUAAUUUCUCUAGUACUCCAUUUGGCCAUGGUAAUAACCAGUCUGUUAGGCACUUGAAGUACUCCUUGUUUAAGAAAUCGCUUCUGGGCAGCGUUUCAGAUAAUGGGAUAGUGACACUCUGGGAUGUGAAUACUCAGAGUCCGUACCAUAACUUUGAAAACGCUCACAAAGCUCCAGCUUCAGGGAUCUCUUUCUCUCCUGUCAACGAAUUGCUGUUUGUAACCAUAGGAUUGGAUAAAAGAAUCAUUCUUUAUGACACUGCGAGUAAGAAAGUAGUGAAAACUUUAGUGGCUGAGGCCCCUCUAACUGCAGUAGAUUUCAUGCCUGAUGGAGCCACUUUGGCUACUGGAUCUUCCCGUGGGAAAAUCUGUCAGUAUGAUUUAAGGAUGUUGAAGUCACCAGUAAAAACCAUCCGUGCUCAUAAGACAUCUGUGCAAUGUAUAACAUUUCAGUCCUCCAUUGCUCUUUCUAAGUCGAGUUUAAAUAAAGGCUCUUCAAAUAAGUCCGUGGCGGUGAACAAACGGACUGUCAAUGUGAGCGCUGCCAGUGGAGGAGUUCCGAAUUCUGGAAUUAUCAAAGAUCCACCUGCCACGUCCGUUGCCACAAUUCCACCACAGCCCAUGACGACAGUUGUGGGGAAAGGGACAGCUGCAGUUCCAGACAAAGCAGGUUUGCCUAGAAGCUUAAACACAGAUUCUUUGUCUAAGGAAACGGAGAGUGGGCAAAACCAUGAUUUCUCUAGCCUUGAUGACAGUGGGAAAAGUAGUUUAGGUGACAUGUUCUCACCUAUUAGAGAUGAUGCUGUAGUUAACAGGGGAAGUGAAGAGGCAGUCAAAGGAGAUGGCCUUGACUGUCUACCACAGUUGAACUCACUGUUUCCGCCAAGAAAAAAUCAUGUCACUUCAAGUACUGUAUUGCAUUCUAGCCCUCUUAGUAUUUUUAUGGGAUCUCCAGGGAAAGAAGAAAAUGAAAAUCAUGAUCUGGCAGCUGAGGUUAAGAAAAUAUAUCUGGGAAAACAGGAACCGAAAGACUCUUUCAAGCAGUUUACAGAGUUGGCCUCCUCCGGUGCUGAAACUGGAAAUCUAAAUACCUCUCCCUCAUCUAACCAAGCAAAAAAUCCUGAGAAGUUUGAAAAGCCAGAGAAAGAAAUAGAAAGCCAGUUGAUAUAUGAACCCUCUGUCAGUGGGUCCUCUACCUCAAAACCAAACAUAGCGUCCUCUCUUACUGCUGGAGUCGCCAGUUCAUUGUCAGGAAAAAUAGCCGACACCAUUGGAAAUAAUAGGCCAAAUGCGCCAUUGACGUCUGUUCAGAUCCAUUAUAUUCAGAACAUGAUACAGGAAACACUGGAUGACUUUAGAGAAGCAUGUCACCGGGACAUCGUGAAUUUGCAGGUGGAGAUGAUUAAACAGUUCCAUAUGCAGUUGAAUGAAAUGCAUUCUUUGCUGGAAAGAUACUCAGUGAAUGAGCUCGUGGCUGAAAUUGAAAGGCUACGGGAAGAAAACAGAAGACUGCGUGCUCACUAUUGA